CCAAAACCCAAGAAAAGAAAAGGAAAAAACAGAUCUUUCAUUCUUCUUCUUCUUCUUUGAUAAUCUGUUUUUGAGUUUUAAGCUGCUACAUUUUCAUUUUUGACAAACCCUAGAGAUUUUAAUCCAAACCCAUUCUUUUAGAGCUCAUAUUUUUAGUGACUUUUAAAGCUUAAUUCCUCUUUCUUUAUUAGCAAUUAUUGUUGUCUCUGCUAUCUUUUUCUUCACCAAAAAAUUUGAGGAAGAAAAGAACACCCAAAAGAGAAAAACUUCACCAUAAUUUCUCUGUUUACAGAUCCUAAAAUAUAUUUUGGUGGGUGGGUGUUAUUGUUUUCUGCACUCUCUCGAAGAGGAAAAAGAAGGGGGUUUGGUGUUAAAACAUUUGUUGGGUGUUUUGAUUUGAAGCUUUUCAGAUCUGAAGGAAGGCUGAGUUUGUUUGUUUCAAAGCGAUGUCUCUUUUGCCUUUUCAUCUCUACUCAUUUCCUUCUUUUUCUUUCUUUUGAGUUUCACUCUCUCGAACUUUGCUUCUGAGAACCGACUAAAGAGUGUUCCCUUUUUCUUUCCCUCUUGGGUUUCACUUUAAAUUUUGGUUUCUGAAUAAUUGGGGGAGAGAGAGAUCUGUGAAAAUGUUGGCCAUUGGAAGUCCUUUAGCCACCAGUGCUCGUACAAGCACAAGCUGCAAUGUAUUGCUCAGAGAACUUCAGCAAAUAUGGAGUGACAUUGGUGAGAGUGAAGCUGAUAAAGACCGAAUGCUUUUGGAAUUGGAGAGGGAAUGCUUAGAAGUCUACCGCCGAAAGGUUGAGGAAGCUGCCAAUGCCAAGGCACGUCUACAUCAAUCUGUUGCUGCCAAGGAAGCUGAGGUUGCAACACUUGUGGCAGCUCUUGGGGAACUCAAUAUUCGUUCACCGAUACAGACAGAGAAUAAGAUGGCAUCAUUAAAAGAAAAACUCACUUCUAUCACCCCACUGCUUGACUAUCUAAGGAUGAAGAAAGAAGAAAGAAUAAAGCAAUUUGAAGAUAUAAAGAAUCAAAUUGAAAAGAUCAGUGGAGAAAUUUCUGGUUAUAACUAUCCAAAUAAUACAAUGAUUAGCUGUUUAACUCUUGAAGACCAAGACUUGUCACUAAGAAGGCUUACUGAAUUUCAGACGCGCCUUCAAACUCUUCAGAAGGAGAAGUCUGAUCGUCUUCAUAAGGUUUUGGAAUAUGUAAAUGAGGUGCAUUUACUUUGUGGAGUACUAGGGUUGGAUUUUGCCCGGACUGUAAGUGAUGUGCAUCCCAGCUUGCAAAGGACAACCCAGGAACAAUCAACGAAUAUCAGCGAUGGUACAUUUGAAGGUUUAGAGCAUACCAUUAACAAGCUGAAAACGGAAAGAAGAACCCGAAUCCAGAAGUUGAGAGAUCUUGCGGGCCAACUAUUUGACCUCUGGAACUUGAUGGAUUCCCCCCAAGCCGAGAGGAAUGGUUUUUCAAGGGCCACUUCUAUUAUUAGAUUAGCGGAACAUGAAGUCACAGAACCAGGUGUUCUUUCAACCGAGAUGAUUGAACAGGCAUCAGCCGAAGUGGAGAGGCUUUCCAAAUUGAAAGCUAGCAGAAUGAAAGAACUUGUUCUGAAAAGAAGAUUAGAAUUGGAAGAUAUUUGCAGAAUGAUUCAUAUUGAACCCGAUGCAAGUACUGCUGUCGAGAAAUCUAAUGCAUUGAUUGAUUCUGGUCUUGUAGACUCUUCAGAACUUUUAGCAAACAUUGAAACACAGAUUACUAAGGCUAAAGAUGAAGCUUUGAGUCGAAAAGAAAUAAUGGACAGAAUAGACCGUUGGCUUGCGGCAUGUGAAGAAGAAAAUUGGCUUGAUGACUACAAUCAAGAUGAAAAUCGGUACAAUGCGGGGAGAGGUGCACAUAUAAACCUUAAACGUGCCGAAAAAGCCCGAGUGACUGUAACCAAAAUUCCUGCAAUUGUGGAUAAUCUGAUCAACCGGACACUAGCUUGGGAAGAAGAAAAAAAGACAUUGUUUCUGUAUGAUGGGGUACGACUAGUGUCGAUACUGGAAGACUACAAACUGACAAGGAAACAAAGAGAGGAGGAAAAGAAGAGAUGCAGGGAUCAGAAGAAGAUCCAAGAUCUGCUUCUGACAGAGAGAGAAGCCAUUUAUGGGUCCAAACCUAGUCCAAGGAGAAGUAACAGCUUCAGAAAGACAAAUGGUUAUCGAGCAAAUGGAAAUGGAUCAAUGACUCCCAGUACACCACGUCGGAACUCGGUGGGUGGAGCAACACCUGAGCUACUUACACCACGAUCAUACUCGGGACGUCAAAAUGGCUACUUCAAGGAAAUGAGAAGGUUGUCUACAGCACCUCUGAACUUUGUGGCCAUAUCAAAGGAAGAUACAGUUUCUACAUACACAUCAGUUUGUGAUUCGGAGCUGGGAUCCCCCCCACAUUGCUAAGGAAUUCCGAAACACGGAAGAGGUUAUAGGAUGUUAUAGUUGCAAUAAGCGUAGACUGGAUUAUAGCAGCGGGGCCAUGUGUUGUGAAUGUGAAAGAAAGGGUAUUGUAGAUUAGUGUAUGCAUUGUGAAUCGAACAGGACAGGCGAUGUUCAAUGGCGCAGACUAGCAGAACUAUGUUAUUUGCCUUGGAGGAGAGGGGGAGAACAACACUGAUAGAAAAGAAACUAGCUUGAAAAUUGUGUUUUAACUUGUUUUUGUUUUGUGGUGUUAAUGUGUUUGUAUUGAUGGUAUUUAUAGUAGUAUUACUGACCUUGUUUUCAUGUUUCCUGGAUUUUGCUUAUAUUUUAAUGUCUAUGCAUGCAUGCAUGUUUG